GCUGGCUACACGAAGCAGUUCCUCCGUCGACUGACUCGAGGUGCCGCGUCUCUCCCAGACGGCCCUCUCUUCUCGACUCGCAUCCUCGUAGUCCACGCUUCAAAAAGCAGAGAUGUCAAGUCCUAUACCCAGGUUGGAAUACCACGGUCUCGGAUUUUCACUGUCAACUACAAGGGGCACCUGAAAUAUGAAAUAUCAAGCACAUUUCAAUCAACCUACAUGAACAUGAUUGAGUUUGUGGAUGCUCAGUUCCCUCCUGUCGGUCGUCGCCUCCCCUCCUCCCCCUCUCCCCCCUCCCCUCCUCCCUCCCCUCACUCCACACGAGAAGAGUACAGCACUUUCAAUUUCUGGAGAACAGACCUGCCACACCAGCCGCCCUUUGACCUCUGAUGUUCAUUAUCAUCCACACUGAUUUUUAUAACAGCAGA